AUGGGUUCAUCUUGUUUUUUCUUAAUAUGUGUUCUUCAUUCAACAAUUGCUUUAACAUGUGGAUCAUUGAUGGUUUUUUACUCCAAAGAGAUACAUGUGUUAGGACAUGGAUCAAAGACAGCAAUUAACCUUCAAGGGUCAACACCACAUGAUCAGUUAUUGAUUCAAACAUCAGAUUCCUUCUCUGGAUUGUUGUUGUUCACUAUUGGAUUUCUUGUCUUCAUGGUUGCUUGUGUUAAGGAUAUGGAGUUUCAAAGUUUCUUUGCUAAAGGGUGUGUGUUGCUUCAUAUUUCAAUGGCAGUUUGGAGAUUUUACUUUGUAGGUAAGGUUGAAGAUCUUGCUUGUGGUUGCUUAAGACAUGUUGUUGGAGAUAUUGCUUUGGCUAUUUCUUGGGUUUAUUUUCUUGUUUAUGUGUGGAGGGAGAAAUAUGAUUAG